UCGACGAUGCCUGUACAAAUUCAAGAAAAUUGCAUCAUUGAUGAUAUCAAUCCUUCAAAUUCCAUGGAAGAUAUGAUUAAAUCCAAGACUGUAUCGAUGCGUCCUCCUUAUGUUAUGACUAGCGAUUCUCCGCGGCGGCAGAAUGCCAAAUCGGAAUGCGAUGGUAAUAGGAAUAUAAUGAUAAUGAAUGAAGAAGAGGAGUCUAAUGAGGUGAUCGACGGAAUCAACUAUAGCAGCACCACAAGACACUCUUUGAAUUCAUCAUUAUCCUCAUUACCACGCAGAACUUCUGUUUUAGACAUUUCAAGUUUAUUAUGCGAAUUACCUUCGACAUCUCCUGUCUACGAUUCUUCUAUCGAUGGGGAUAGUAGUAUGGAUGACAUAUCAACAACAAGUCAGCUUGGUGAUACUGAAUCAUUGGACUCUCCACGUUCAUGUCACAAUACUCGCGUUGUAAUUUCAACUCCUGAUACUUCUCCUCCUCUCUCUCCUUCUAUUGUUGAGAAAGAUGAAAAACUUUCAACCGUUAGUG